CGAAAACGGCAGUAACGCGUUGCGGCGAUUUCCAACGCCCUUGAGGAACGCGCUGGGUGUGGUGUUAGCUCUCAGGAGCGGGCUCUCGAGAGCUAGGGAGCAUGGAAACUAAUAUCCAGAGCAGCUCCAGACCCAUACCGGAUUCCGUGACGCGGCAGGCGCAGCUCCAGGCCCCAGAAAACGAAAACAAUCCUUUAACCUUUUAUGAGUACCUCCAACGCGACCGGCAUCAAGACCCGCUGUACCGAUGCGCUCAGCCUAAUGCAUCACAAGCAUUUGGUUGGGAGCCAGUCAUACCGGAUACUAUGCAUCAAUGCAUCAAUUUUCGCGGGGUCGACUUGUUAGACAUGGCCCAGCAGUAUGUCGAAGCGGAAUUGCGAAACCCAGUGCAACAUUAUUCAGUGCGCUUUGCCCGCUUAUUGCACUGGUUCCUACUCCUGGUCAUUUUUAUACCUUUGAAUCUCGUGGUAUUAUUUGUUUGGACUCUGCCCAUCGCAACCCUCAACUCAAUGAGAAAUCAUCCGCUACUACCAAAAAAGUUUCCCCCAUACCAUUGGGCCCUCAGGCUUAGUUUAUGGGUUAUUUUCGUUCCUUACGCGAAAAUAGCUUCAUAUGGCGGUUUGCAACCAAUGCUAUUCCUCCGGACUCUCCAGCCUCCAUACGGACAUGCCAGGCAAACCUGUCUACAACUAGGGAAGGCCUUGGUUGAACAGCGAGAAAGACGACUUAAACAUUUAAAAUUAAUCCAACAAGCCUUGGCCCAGGAGGAGCAAAGAGCUCUUCAAGACUUAAUAAAUAUGUUACCGGAAAAUGAGGAAGACGGAGUUCGCAACAUACCCACUACUUCCAAGAAACCAGCCUUCAACACUGGAGUGAUGCGAGAACAGACUCAGGCUUGGCGACGCAGCGCGAGAGACUCCCAGUUUGUGAAGGACCAGGUAAGAUAAAUUAUGACUCAGUUGUUCUGUUAAUGGCCUCCACCAAGAUUGCGGCAGUAAUUGCAGAGAUCCACGAAGUUUCCGAAAUCUCCAAGACUCAGACCAACAAGGAAUUGACAGGCUAUGCAGGUGAGUGUUGCCUUUCAAUAAGAA